AGCCUACACUGUGAGCCAAGGGCCCGCGGCAUCCAGAGCUGCGCAGAGGAGAGGGAGAGAGCCUGACUCGGGUUUCAGAGAGACGCGCGCUGACGGCUGGACCUGCGGGACACUGCGGGAUCACUGAGAGGAGAAGCAGCGAAUGGGACAGACGGAGCGGGACACCAGAGGAGUACGAGUCCGUCCCUGUGAACCUGCAACAUCACUGACUGACUGCUCACACUCUACGCAAUGACUCCCAUUCUACAUGAGAUGCAUGAGUUGCUCAUUUGAGUGCAACGAAGUUUGGAGAUAGUUUGAAGAAGAAAAUAGACACCUACUUUAACCCCCCCCCCCCCAAACAGCCUGUCAACAAGCUCCAGCGUUGCGGGUCCCAAGGUUGUCUGCGGCUCUCCACCUGAUGCGUGUAGGGAUUUCCGUGUGGAUAAAAACCAGAGUCACGCGUCUAAAAUGGAUGUGAAUCAGAAGUUUGGAGUCGCCGGUAAACCGGGAGACAGAGCGGCUUCCAAGCAGCCGCUGUGGAGGAACUGGAGGGAUAUGUGCGCAGUAACGAUCUGCAUUGCGCUGUCUGUUGUGUGCCUGGGGGUUUGCAGCGUGGUUUGUGUGCGGAGCUGGGAGCUGCAGAGCCGGAUAGUAAGUCUGGAGCAGCAGCAGCGGGACGCGUGGAUCUUGUCUCUGGAGCAGGUGGAGCCCGUUAUCCUGGGCCGGCUGGACCACAUCCUGGACGAGAAGCUUGCAGCGCGACUACCGAAGACCCGAGAGGCGAGGGAGGCCCCCCACAGCUGCCUGUGUCCCCCAGGACCUCCAGGUCCUCCUGGACGGGCAGGCUUUCCGGGGGACAAAGGAAGUAUGGGGAUUCCUGGGAGAAUGGGCUUGAAAGGACAAGCAGGGGAGAAGGGAGCACCAGGCGAGCCUGGUCUGUCUAUCAUUGGACCAAGAGGACCUCCUGGCCAACCAGGAACAAGAGGAUUCCCAGGAUUCCCAGGUCCAAUCGGCUUGGAUGGCAAAUCUGGACAGAGCGGACCGAAGGGAGACAUGGGGCAGCGGGGCGCUAAAGGAAUCCCAGGGGAACCUGGACCCAAAGGGGAAAAGGGCGUAUGUGGAGACUACACACACCGGGGCCUCUUUGUGCAGGAUCUUCCUCUGAAAACCCUGGCUGCCUUGCGCUCCAGUCAGGCUCUGAUGUUGAAGCAGGGCGAGCCUGGAGCGCAGGGACCCCCGGGACCUCCGGGACCCCCAGGACUCCCAGGGACCCCAGGCCUGAAUGGAGCCACUGGUCCAAUGGGUAAGCCUGGUGAACCAGGCAAACCAGGAAAAGACCCAAGGCUUCUACCAGGCAUGAAGGGUGAGGCAGGUGUGCCAGGACAAAAGGGGGAUCGAGGUGAUGUUGGCCCUCUAGGUCCUCAAGGCUCAAAGGGAGAUAUGGGAGACCAAGGAAUUAAGGGAGAACCAGGUUUAACGGGCGCUCCUGGGUUAAAGGGCCAGGCUGGCAUCCCCGGCAUCCCUGGCAUCCCCGGCAAGAGGGGCUACAGGGGGGAGAAAGGAGAUCCGAGUGUUGCAGCCCAGGGAAUUAAAGGAGAACCAGGUUCACCAGGACUUCCAGGCCUAAUGGGACCCAAGGGUGAUACGGGCGACCGGGGAGAGAAGGGGGAAGCCGGCCUUGAAGGCCCUGCUGGACCAAGAGGUCCUGCAGGCCCAACUGGGGAGCCAGGAAAGGCUGAAAUCCAAAACAAUGAAAAUGAUAUUCGCAACAUACCCCUGAUGGGCCCACCUGGAUUACCUGGACCUCCAGGGACCCCGGGACUCCCUGGUACCAAGGGUGAAGUUGGUCUACCAGGUCCUCCAGGGCUAGACGGAGAGAAGGGACCCAGGGGAAAGCCUGGAGAUCCUGGUCCUGCAGGCCCAGCCGGUCCUGAAGGCCCCAGAGGGGAAAGUGGUGUCAUGGGCUUUGCGGGACCCAAAGGAGACAAGGGAGACGUGGGUCCAUCUGGAUCACCUGGUUUAGAUGGCCCUACUGGUGAAAAGGGGGCUUCAGGGGCCCCUGGCCCUAUUGGAUUACCUGGCUCAAUGGGCCUAAAAGGUGCACCUGGAGAAGGUGCAAGGUCGGAAAUGAUCUAUGGUCCUCCAGGGCCCCCAGGACCUCCAGGACCAGUUGGCCCAGCAGGAGCUCAAGGAUUUUCAGGGCCUAAGGGAGAACCAGGCAUAGGCAUCAGAGGAGAAAAGGGAGCGAUGGGUCAGAAGGGCGACAAGGGAGACAGAGGCCAUCUUGGACUUCCUGGGGCUCAUGGGUUAGACGGCAGACCGGGUCCAGUGGGUCUAAUAGGACCGUCAGGUGUGUCAGGGCCAGCAGGACCAAAGGGAGAGAGAGGUGAAAAGGGAGAUGCAGGAUUACCAGGACCAAUCGGGCCUCAAGGCAUCCCUGGUUUAGUAGGACCACAAGGACUCAAAGGCAACCGGGGAGAGAGGGGCAAGAAAGGCAACAGGGGGGCCAAAGGGGAUAAGGGAGACCAAGGAGCACCUGGAUUAGAUGCCCCCUGUCCGUUGGGAGACGAUGGCUUACCUGUACCAGGAUGUUGGAAUAAAUGACGAUAACUUUGGAAUGGCUUGUGUGAUUGUACAUAGGAUAUUUAUUUUUUUACUUUUCCCCUUAUUCUGUUAUACAUGGAAAAAAAAUUUAAAUCCUAAAAAUAAAAAGGCAACAUUUUUGUACAGAUUGUUUAUUUUGAUAUGUAUGGCAGUGUUUAUGUAUUGGAUUUUUAUAUCUAUGCGUUAUUUUAAUAUUGGAUUGGAUAAGUAAAAAAUAAGAAUGUGGCAACAUAUGCAUGAUAUUUGUGCAUCAUGUGAAGUGGAUAAUGCUUAUUAACUUAUUGUAUUAUGUUGAUUUGUUGUAAUAGACCAUGCUGCACUGAGUUGUGGGGCUGGAAAGAUUAUGUGUUAGCAUUUGGAACGUCUUAGCUGAACUCUCAUUUUUGUGAUGAAGUGAUAAAAAAACAAAGAUGGACAAGCACUGCAUAGUUUCAAUGUUACUAAAUGUUCACACAGUGACAGAAAGCUAUUACAAGUCUGCACUGUGAAUUUGUGUUCUUAUUUUUCUGAUGAAAAUACUAACUUAAAGGGCAACUACUGUUUUUUUCUCAACCUGGAACCUAUUUUUCUAUGUUUUUGUGUGUAAGUGACUGAUGGGAGCAACAAUCUUUGACAUUGUUCCAGUAUUUAUUUUGAACGCUGUAACCGGCAGCCACAGACCGCGCUCCCAUGUAGCCCUAUGGGGCAAAUGUCCCGCGUCAGUUUGGUCCUCUAAAAGUGCUUCAUUUUGCCACUGACAGGCUCAGAUUAAUAUUCUAAGUGUCUGAAAUCAUUAUCCCUUCAGAGAUAGACCUUUAAAACUUAUUUAAGACCUUUGUAUUUAACCACAAAAAGCUCUGAGAUCGCUAGUGCCAGACCCACCAGACUCCAUUUAAAUAAAUUAUACUUUUAGCGUGUAUAGAGCCAACAUAUUUUCACAUGUUAAUUGUUACACUAUGUGUUUAUUUUAACGAAAACUAGAAUUGUGAUGGUUGAAAAAGUGGGGAGACGACCCAAAACAACUUUUCAUAGUUUUAUUUUGUAGCUGUCCACUUGAAUGAAGUGUAUUUCACGAUGCUAGAAUUACUGUUUAUUUACAUGAAGUCUGGUGGGUUUUAGCAAACACAAUUUUGCAGAUGUUUUUAUGGUUAAAAAAAGGAUCUUACUCUAUAACAGAAAUCUCAACCUCCUUAGAAAUCCUUUCCAUAAUGUUGUCAGACGCUUAGAAUAUUAAUCUGAGCCUAAACCAGCACUUUUGUGAAGGUCAAUCCAUGCUGGACUAUUGCCCCAUUAACUUACAUUGUAGCUUGUUUCUCUGCUGCCGACUGUAGAGAUCUCUCUUAUUACUGGACUAAUGUUAAAGGUUGUUGUUUCCAUUAGUCACUUAGACACAAAACAUAGGAAAAUAGGGUCCAGGAUGAAAAAAAAGCAGUAGUUACCCUUUAAAGGAUCAGAUUUAAGGCUGUCACCUGAUUAAAAGCUUUGGUGGAUCCUAAGGAUGGCAAUGCUGCUCCAUCAGUCCAUGGUCCAGAGCACGAGGUCACAUAUAAUAAAUAAUGGCCAGAUGAAGCUUAACACAGAUCCUGUAGAAACUGAUGUCAUAGCGGUUUUUAUAGUUAUAAAAACUGAUGAUGUAAACCGUUUUUUUAAUGUAAUAAAAAUGCCAACCACAUAACAUAGUUUUCAUACAUAUUGCGUAUAAUGUACUAUAAUUCAGAAUUAACUACUGAACAUUUAAUUUGGGAUUGGCAUUGCUGGGGUGCCCCGUCAGCAACAAAAGGCAGUAUUUGAUUUGAUUGCGUUUAUUUUGAACAUGUUAGAAAUAAAAAAUUAGAAGAUGUACAUUUCAGUAUAAGCAAGAAAACAAUUAUAUUGUAUUGUAAUUCAAAUAAGGAUUUCCAUGUUCAAAAUGGGGUAGGAAGAAAUUUUUAAAAAGAUUCUUUACACAUAAAUGCAUAAUACCUACUUACAGGCACAUAUACACAUGCACACACAAAUACAUACACGUUUUUGUUUUGUUUCCAGCUAUCACCUACUGGUGUCUAUGUUCAUCUGUCAGUUUAUCAAAUUGAAUAAUAACCCAUCCAAAUUAGAAAUCCAAGAACAAUACAGUCAGUACACAAUGAUAUAUCCUCGAGUCCUUCUCAUUCCCGUUCAAUAUAUUGCAUUUUU